AUGGCGGCGGGGUACCGCGCGGAGGAGGAGUACGACUACCUGUUCAAGGUGGUGCUGAUCGGGGACAGCGGCGUGGGGAAGUCUAACCUGCUGUCGCGGUUCGCCAGGGACGAGUUCAGCCUCGAGACCAGGUCCACCAUCGGCGUCGAGUUCGCCACCAAGACCGUCCAGGUCGACGACAAGCUCGUCAAGGCGCAGAUCUGGGACACCGCCGGGCAGGAGAGGUACCGCGCCAUCACGAGCGCAUACUACCGCGGCGCGGUGGGCGCGCUGGUGGUGUACGACGUGACCCGCCGCAUCACCUUCGACAACGCGGAGCGCUGGCUGCGGGAGCUGCGGGACCACACGGACGCCAACAUCGUGGUCAUGCUGGUGGGCAACAAGGCCGACCUGCGCCACCUCCGCGCCGUGACGCCGGAGGACGCCGCGGCCUUCGCGGAGCGGCACGGCACCUUCUCCAUGGAGACGUCGGCGCUGGACGCCACCAACGUGGACCGCGCCUUCGCCGAGGUGCUCCGCCAGAUCUACCACAUCGUCAGCCGGAACGCGCUCGACAUCGGGGACGACCCCGCCGCGCCGCCCAGGGGCAAGACCAUCGACGUCGGCGCCGCCAAGGACGAGGUCUCCCCCGUGAACGCGGGCGGCUGCUGCUCGGCUUAG